AUGUCCGACCCUUCGCCAUCUUCGCAGACCCCACCAACAACAGACGCGCCAAGUCAAAAUGGCAGUUCUGAAAAACAUCACGACGAUGGAGCCGCCGGAGAUCGAGUCAACAGCGAAAAGCCAAAGAAACUCAGUUUAAAGGAAAGAGCUGGUAAACUAUGGGCGAAAACACAAUUGGAUGUGACGACGAUGAAAAUCAUGGCCAAGGGCGCCCUUGCGCCAACAAUCAGUCUGGCUGCAUACCAGGCCACAAACUUCGCCGAGAUUUAUACAACUCUAGGAUAUCUUGUUGGUGUCGUUUCCAUAUUGAGUUUUGCAAUUAUGCCAAGAGCCAAAUUCCUACAAACCUGGUUCUUGAAUAUGCUGGCCACCUGUUUCGCCUCGUGUAUUGCUCUACUAGCCAUAUAUUGUGCAGUCCAGGCCAGACUUCACACAGAAAAGGCCGUACGUACAGGAGGACCCGGCACAAGCGGAACACCGUCUCCCGGCGCAGCUACAUCCACUUACAACUCGUCUGCAGCAGCAGUCAGCGGUAUUUGGCUGUUCUUCGAAAUCUGGAUCAUCAACACGAUGAGGGCUAGAAAUCCUCAGCUUAUGAUUCCGGGUAUCAUUGCGACCAUCUUUGCGAACGUGAGCAUGGUUUACGCUCCACAAUUCGCAUCCAUGACGACCGGAAUCUCUUUUGUCAAACGACUUCUCGAAUCUUUCUUUACAGGAUUCGCGAUUGGAGGAGCUGUUUCUCUGUUCAUCUUCCCUAUAACCAUGCGAGGAAUCGUCUUCAAGGAGUUUACAGGAUACAUCAUGUUAUUACGCAAGAUGACCAAGGCCAAUCUUACAUAUCUCCAGAGCCUCGAAGAAGGAGACAUGUUCUUCGGAAGGAGCGAUACAAACAUCCCAGAGAAGCCGAAGCGAACAUCGGAAGCCCAAGCUAUUAAGGAUACGCUUGCAGGACUUGCUGCUUUGCACGGAAAGCUCUCUAUCGACUUGAGCUUCGCUAAAAGAGAAGUCGCCAUUGGACGCCUCGGUCCAGAUGAUCUACAAGAGAUUUUCAAACAGUUACGAGGACUUAUGCUUCCCAUCAUAGGUCUUAGCAGUGUAAUUGAUGUGUUCGAGAGAAUUGCCGAAGACAAAAACUGGAAUCAUCCCGCUCCAGCAAAGCCGGUUGAGGAACUCGACGAUCCCAAUGAGAGGAGCAGAAUGGAGGCCGUUGCAGAUUGGCAUGCCAUCUUCAAGACGAUGCGUGAACCAUUUGCUCGAAUUGUUGGCGACAUUGACGAAGGCUUCGAGCACGUGUUGAUCACUCUGCAAUUAAUCAAGCCACCAAAGAGAGAGGCGGAUCCCGAAUCUGAGGGCGAUCGGCCACACCCUGGAGACAGAAACUUCCAGAGUUACCACUUCAAGCGAGUGGACGACUACCAUCGUCAAAAGCGUAAGCUGCUGAGACGUUGGUGUGAACUCAGGGGUUUUGUUUUGCCCGAUAAUUUCUUCGAGAACGCGCAAGACGCCAGCUUCACCGCUCCCGAAUGGUACCACAGCGUCAAGAACAAUGAUGAGCGCCAGACGUAUAGAGCUAGACUCUUCAUUGUUCUGUACGUGGACUACCUGCUGGACUCAAUAGCUAGGACUGUCCACGAGUUCGUCAAAUAUGCCGAUGCAAAGGUCGAGAGUGGAAAGCUGGGUCGUAAAAGACUCAUCGUUCCGGGUGUCAAACGAUUGAGGAAGUGGAUCAAGUCAGCCUACAGCCGAAAGCAAGAUGCAUACAACGAUGAACAGCAUGGCAUGAACGAGGAUGGCAACCAUGCUUCUAACGUAUAUCUCGGCGAUGCCUACAACAAGCGCAAAGACCCUGAACAUCUGCCUCCCAGCAAUGCCUGGGAGAAGUUUGGAGACCGCGUUCGUGGCAUUGCUCACUUCCUCCGUUCACCAGCAUCCACCUUCGGAUUCCGAGCUGCUUGCGCUACAAUGUGUCUUGCCAUCGUCGCCUAUCUACAUGACACUCAGACCUUUUAUGUUAGGCAACGAUUGUUCUGGGCUCAGAUUAUGGUAGGCCUGAGUAUGUCUCCUUCUGCUGGACAAAGCUUGUUCAGUUUCGUGCUACGCCUUACUGGCACGUUUUUAGCUAUGGUGACCAGUUUCAUCAUCUGGUAUAUCGUCGACGGACAUACUGCUGGAGUACUUGUAUUCUUCUGGUUUUUCGUUGCUUGGGGCUUUUUCAUUGUCCUAAAAUAUCCUCGCUUCAUUCAGGUUGGUAUGAUUUACUCGGUCACGAAUACGCUGAUUAUCGGGUAUGAGUUACAAGUCAGAAAGAUUGGUGUGCAGCUUUCCGAAACGAAUGGCCAGGCAUACUAUCCCAUCUAUGAGCUGGCUCCUUAUCGUCUGGCCACCGUUGCUGCAGGUAUCUUUGUGGCUUGGGUGUGGACCGUGAUUCCCUACCCCAUCUCAGAACACUCGGAGCUUCGCCGCAACCUUGGAUCAUCUUUGUACUUGCUCGCCAACUACUACUCAGUCGUCGUCGAGACAGUCAAAUUCCGCGUCAGAGGCGACUUCCACAACCUGGACUCUUUCGACGACGGCCAUAACCCAGCCAAGAAGCUCGAAAAGAUCCGACAGACCGUCUUCUCAAAAUCUGUACUGGUGCUGCAAGGCCUACGCACACAUUCAGAUUUCAUCAAGUUUGAUGUGCCGAUUGGUGGUCGUUUCCCUCGUCAAAAUUACGACCGGAUCAUUGCUCGCAUUCAAGACAUUCUCAACUUUGCUUCCCUGCUCAGCUACGCAUCCCAGACCUUCUCGGAAAUGCAGAAUACAGAAAAAGAUGGCUCGGAAUCUCAAUGGCUGAAUGACUUCCGUCGUCUCGUCAAGGAAGCAGACGUUACGAGCAAAGAAUCUACCACGUUACUUUCCUUGCUCUCAGCUUCGGUAGCCAGCGGACAACCCCUCCCACCCUACCUCCAACACCCUGAACCCUAUCGCCUCAGCGCGAAACUCGAAAGUCUAGAUUCGAAUAUCUUGUCCGUGAGACAUAUGGCCGAGCCAGGCUUUGCUGCUUUUGCGGUGAUGCAAAUAUCAACAAAAUGUAUUGGUGAUGAUUUGAAGGCGCUGUUGGCUGAUAUCAAGGAGUUGGUUGGUGAGCUUGACUUUUCGUUCCAUGUAGUCAGUACAAGGGAUGCUUCGUCGAGUGAGUCGCAGGAUACUUUGAUCAGGGAGGAUAGUCAAAAUCGACGGAAGGCUGAUUGA